AUGGUAACUGUGAGAACUGUCUUGAGCAUAGCAGCCUCAAAGGGAUGGAUCCUCUAUCAGAUGGAUGCCAAUAAUGCGUUACUCCAAGGGGAUCUUUAUGAAGAAGUUUACAUGAUGAAUAUUAAACUCACAGAUGCCUUAGUGGGAGCAGGGUAUCAACAGAGCGCAUAUGAUCAUUCUUUACUCACCAAACAGACAUCACAUGACAUUGUGAUUAUAUUGGUGUAUGUUGAUGAUCUCUUGAUUACAAGCAGUAAUAUUUCCUUAGUAGAAGACGCCAAAAACACAUUGCAUAACAGCUUUAAGGUAAAGGAUUUGGGUGAGCUCAGAUAUUUUUUGGGGAUUGAGGUGAUGAGAUCAGAUCAAGGAAUAUUGUUGAACCAACGAAAAUAUGCACUGGAGUUAAUCUCUUCCACAGUCUUGGCUGCUGCUAAACCCACAUCUACCCCUAUUAAGUUAAAUCAGAAAUUGACCACUAUAGAGUAUGACAAACAUGUUGGGCACAAUGGUGAUGAAGAGUUGCAAGAUGUGGGGAGAUACCAAAGACUAGUAGGGCAGUACAUUAAGGGGUCACCUGGUCUUGGCAUUUUCCUCAAGAAGGGUCCUAUCACCCACCUUUCUGCCUUCUAUGAUUCAGACUGGGCAGCUUGCCCAAACACACGAAGGUCGAUCACUGGAUAUGUUUUUAAGCUUGGGGAUUCCUUGUUGUCAUGGAAGUCAAAGAAGCAGCAGAUAGUGAGUCGUAGCUCAGCUGAAGCUUAA